GUGACGACACGUCGUUCCUUACGCACUACGUUCCAUCUCUAUCCUCCUCUUCCAGGAAGUCUAGAAAACCUAGAGGAAAUUUACCAUCUCAGUGUCCUGCUUUUUGUGCAAAGUGCGUUCCAUCCAAUUAAAGAUAUGAAGAUCUACGUCCUGUUGGCGGUAACCCUGGUGUCAUUUGCCCCUUUCCCGGUCCAAGGCGGGGACAAGAAGAAGCUUCAAAUUGGUAUCAAGAAAAGGGUGGACAACUGCCCCAUAAAGUCGCGCAAGGGCGACGUGCUGCACAUGCACUAUACCGGGAAGCUAGAGGAUGGGACAGAGUUUGACAGUAGCAUCCCCAGAAAUCAGCCCUUCACCUUUACACUGGGGACUGGACAGGUCAUCAAGGGCUGGGACCAAGGCCUGCUGGGAAUGUGUGAAGGAGAGAAGAGGAAGUUGGUGAUUCCCUCUGAACUUGGUUACGGAGACAGAGGAGCACCACCCAAGAUCCCUGGUGGAGCCACACUCAUUUUUGAAGUGGAGCUACUGACCAUCGAGAGAAGAUCUGAACUGUAAAUUGUCUGCCUGUCUGUCUGUCUCAGGGCCCAAAGACUAAAAUGUGGUAAUCUGCACUGCACACUGAAGAACUGGGCAGCUCUGGCCCCCAAAGGUCACAGCCUGCGGCCUUAUGGGUAUUAUUUCACACACAUUAUUUCAAGUUUUUUAAAAUAAAUCUUUAACCGAUGUUAAAAAUCAGUUGCUUAGGACUAUGAGACAAAGCAUACAUUUCACACAUAAAAAGAUCCAAAAUUAAUUGCGGAACAAAGACCAUGUUACACCAGGAAAAAGGCUGCUGUAGGCAUCAGGUCAAUAAAUGAUGACUAGCAGAUGGGCGAAUGAUUUAUCCCUCACACUAGCAGUGUUCAGACCCGAAUGGUAAUGUAUGAUGAGUAGUUUUCCUUUCAAAAUGCAGUAUGUACUUGCGUUUGAUAUGUUUAGACUUGAAAUCAUGUGGUGUCUCCCAGUCUUCUGAAUUGGGACAUGCAGCGCAAACAGGCAAAAGUCCUGCUUUUUUAACGGUAGGCUCACUCUUAAUCUGUGAGAAGCGAGCAGUCUUCCUGUGGCUUCUCUCAGCCAGACUGAACAGGCCUGCCUGCUUGCCUUCCUUUUCACGAGAGAGCCAUUAGAGCAAUUAGGAAACACUGGUGCAUCAUGAAGUCCUACAUUGUGGGACAGAUGUAGAUUUCACGCCAUUUGCUUCAAGCCAGUCAGACUUAUCUUGCCAGGACAGAACAAAAGGCUAAGAUUGGUUUGGUUCGGUCAAUAAGCAGGCCUUGUUAAACUCUUGUCUGUCCAGAACAGCAUGGUGCAGUAGUUUUUCAGGAAGCCGCUAACCCAGGUGCAUCAUUACUUAAUUGCUGUAAUUCGUACUGGCACUGUUCCUUGGCAGAACCUCGCAGUGGGGGCCAGCAGGCUUCAUUUGGUGUGAGUCAGCCAUUAAUGUGGAAUUUAGACUGAACGGGUCCUGUUAUAUAUUGGACUGUGCUGUUUCUGGAGGAUUCUCUUGCCCAUUCCUGGAUUCCACCUGCCAUAACCAGCCCUGACCUUUGGGAUGAGACUAGCAGGGCAAAUUAAACCCACAUGUUUUUUCUCCAAGCAAGAACUGGAAGUAUAUUUAGUUAAAAUCACCCAUUUUACGUGUAUUCGUUAUUUUCACUUCAUGUGUCUUUUGGGAACGAAGGACGGACGCCUGAAGGACAGACGCCGGGGGCAGACUCGGUCAGACAAACUGCAAUGUGAUGAUUUUGUCAUUGUUCAUUCUCUGAGUCACAGUUAAAAUUAAAUAAACGUCAACCCACACACAAGUUCA